AUGACAGAAUCAGAUCACAGAGCACACAGAAGUAGACAAUUAUACCAGAAAGUGAACAGGAUGAGAAAAGGAUAUAAAGAACAUGAAAUAUUUAUAAGAAAUAAGAAUGGAAAACUGAUAAUAACAAAGAUGGAAAUAACAGAGAGAUGGGCAGAAUAUUUUGAACAGCUGCUUAAUGGAGAAGAUCCUGAAGAAAUGUUUGAUUAUAUACAAGAACAACCAAAUAAUUGUGAAUAUGAAACACCUACGGUACAAGAAAAGACCACUAGGAAGACCCAGAAUGCGAUGGGAGGACUGUGUUAA